AUGGAGGUGCAGGAGCCAAUCCUGAGGCAGCAAACAGCAAGGAAGUUCCUUCAAAAGGUGGCCCCUGCCCACUCCUCCUAUAGAGGGGCAGCAGAGAAGUGCAGGGAGCAGCUCAGGUGUGUAGCGGGCCAGACUACUACAGAGUUCCUGGGGGCCGUACCACUGGAGCUACACAAGCAGGACCAAGCGUCUGACCGCGUGAAGGCCAACCUGCAGAAGCUGGUGCGCCACAAAAGGAACAUGCCCGUCGUCAUGGCCGCGCCUCAGUUCAAACCCGACUUCUGGGGCUGGUACAAGUACUUCAUGGACUCCCACAACCAGGAAGGAGUUGAAGAUUUGGACCGUGUGUACUUGGCGUACCUGCAGAACAAGCACAGGUCAGAGGAAGGCCCCACCUUCAACCACUACCUCAAACACCUGAGCGAAAUCUAUAAAGCCUGUGCAGACUCCGAGGACCCAGAAUGCAUUGCAGAGUCCACCAGCAAGCCCAAAGCUGCCAUGGUGAUGCCCGCCCCCAUCAGGUCUGCCGCCGUCAGAAUGUGCAACCCCCACGUCGACCCCUACUGCCUCUUCCCUCUGGCACCCAAAGCUGCCGGCCCCGAGCCUGAGCUUGCUCCAGCCAGGGCAUUUGCCCCUAUCAGCAGCCCCAUAAUGCCCAUGCCAAUGAAGAGCCCUGUUGGCUUCUACUACGCCCCGGUCUUGGAGUCCUUCCUGAGCCACGAGCAGAAAGCCGAGCUGUUAAGGAUCUGCAACCAUGAAGACGUUGAGUGUCUGCAAUACCACCUGAGAGCGGCUUACGGCUACCGCCCUGCCGCCGCUCCUGCUCCCUCCUACAGUGCCCUUGGAUGCGACCCAAAUGACCCCUACUGCAUGCCUAUGAUGGUGCAGAAGGCCCCCACAGGUUUCUACCACCUCCUCACCCCCAGCUGUGACCCCACAGUGGACCCCAUGUGCGUGGGCAACGGGGCCGCCCCUUCCAACCUGGGUGCUGACUCAGGAGUGCCUCAAGAGCAGCAUUGCAACCCUCUCUUUGAUACCGGCUGCAACCCCCUGUCUGCCACCAAGCUGUCUGGCCUCACCAAGCCUGUGCUGCAGUACGCCCCUAAGGACCAGCCUGCACACGUCGCCGCUCCCAUGGCCUGCGACCCCCGCUACGACCCGUACUGCAUACCGGCAGCCGCCGCUGUCCUGGGAAAGUCGUGGCCACAGCUCCCUGAGCACCAGGUUCGCUACAAGGUCGGCAUUCGCGGCAAGACCAGGGAGGGCCAUGACUGCUAUGUGCACUAUGACAAAGACUGCACGCCACUGGAGUCUCGCCCAAAGGCCAAGAGCGACAUCCAGGCUCCGGCCGAGCCUCUCUGCCAUCCCUAUGACCCCAACUGUGCCAAGUUUUCUGCACCCCCCGCCAUGCGAGCCCAGAAGUCAGGCACAGGCACAGGCACAGGCGGAAUUAUCUCCCCAGACCCCGACUGCGACCCCGAGAUUGACUACAACUGUCGCCUGCGUCACGCCGACACCGCCGCUGAGGAGAAGACGGUGGUCAAGCCCGCCAAGAAGUCCAUGAAAGCUGUCGUCAGCUUUGAAGACUUCCUGCUGGGGUUCAUGAGCCAGCACAAAUAG